GGCUGGCUGAAGACAUUCGAUGACUACUACCGAGACCAGACACAACACAUCCUCAACAACAUGGUGGUCAAACUGCACGAAGACAGUCGGCGAAAAAUGAUCUGGUCCGAAAUCUCAUAUUUUGCUAAAUGGUGGGACAGCAUAGAUGGACAGAAACAAGAUGCUGUCAGGAGGCUGGUAGAGAACGGUCAGCUGGAGGUGGCUACAGGAGGCUGGGUGAUGCCAGACGAAGCCAACGCGCACUACUUUGCAAUGAUAGAUCAGUUAGUUGAAGGCCACCAAUGGUUGGAGAGAAAUUUGGGUGUGAAACCCAAAACUGGCUGGGCUGUGGAUCCGUUUGGUCACACUGCGACUCAGGCUUACCUGCUGAAACUGGCCGGUCUGUCCAACAUGCUGAUCCAGAGAGUGCACUACUCAGUGAAGAAACACUUCUCCUCUCAGAAGACCCUGGAGUUCUUUUGGAGACAGAACUGGGGUAAGCUCUGCCGCAAACUCUUUCACAGGGCAGCUGAAGUCCUCUACUCUCUGACCUUGGCCAACAUUCAGAAGUACGGGCAGCCCAGUGAUUACCCUGCCGGGGAGAAUUACAAACUACUGACUGAAGCCAGACGCAAUCUAGGCCUCUUCCAGCAUCAUGAUGCCAUCGCGGGUACAGGCAAAGAUUGGGUGGUUGUGGACUAUGGAACCAGGUUGUUCCAUUCUAUUCUGAAUGUGAAGCGAGUGAUUGUGAGCUCAGCACAUUGGUUGGUGCUCAAGGACAAACAAACAUACCACAACGAUCCUUCAAAAGCCUUUCUUCAGAUGGAUGAUGUUCAGCAAUCCCAAGAUGCCCUACCUCGCAAAAAUGUUCUUGAGGUUCAUGGAAAACCAAGGUUGUUGGUGGUUUCCAAUCCAUUAGAACAGGCCAGAACAUCCAUGGUUACAGUAUAUGUGAAUACUCCUAAUGUGCGUGUGCUUAGUGCACUCGGUCAGGUGGUCCGCGCUCAAGUCAGUGCAGUGUGGAAGGAUGCCAGCCAUGCUACUGCAGAUGUUUUUCAGUUGUCAUUUGUGGCUCAUGCUGCUCCUCUGGGUCUGAGCGUGUACCAGCUGAUUGAGGUAAUGGAGCCCAGGACAGAUGCUUCGAAGUACAUGUUUCUCCAGGAAGGCAGACAGCUCUCAGACAGUAAACUGGAGCAUUUUCGUCAGUUCUAUCAAGACGAUGGAGCUCCUGUGGUCAUUGAAAAUCCUCACCUCAGACUAUCCAUCUCUGGAGCUACAGGCCUUUUAGAGAAAAUGAUGUUGAAGGAAGAUGAAUCUGAGCACCAAAUGAAGGUGGAGUUUGUUUGGUAUGGAACCACCAGCAGUAAAGACAAGAGUGGCGCCUACCUAUUCCUGCCCGACAAAGAAGCAACAAUUUACUCUCCCUCUCAACCGCCGGUGAUUCGAGUCACUAAAGGGACGCUGUUUUCUGAAGUCACUACAACCUUCGCACACAUCACACAUACACUUCGGCUCUACAACACCCAGGGUGUGGAGGGUCAGUCUGUGGAGAUCUGUAACACUGUAGAUAUAAGAGGUGAAACCAACCGUGAAAUUGCAAUGAGGAUAACUUCAGAUCUAAACAGCAAGGAUCGAUUUUUUACUGACCUCAAUGGCUACCAGGUGCAGCCGAGGAAAACCAUGGCUAAACUCCCCCUGCAGGCAAACUUCUACCCCAUGACCAGCAUGCUUUACCUGCAGGACUCCAGCGCCAGACUCUCGCUGCUCACUGCACAGUCGCUUGGAGCGGCCAGCCUUAAAAGCGGUCAGCUGGAGGUGAUAAUGGACCGCAGGCUCAAUCAGGAUGACAAUCGAGGGUUGGGACAGGGAGUGCUGGACAACAAGAUCACAGCCAACUCCUUCCGCCUGCUGCUGGAGAAGAGGAUCUCUGUGGAGGAGAAUGAAGCGACGGCACCAUACAGCUAUCCAUCUAUCCUGAGCCACAUGUCGUACAUGUACCUGAACCAUCCUCUCAUCUCAAUGGCAGUUAGUCAACACUUGGAAGCUCCAUCUGUGGUCCCCUACAGCCCUCUGAAAGCCUCCUUCCCCUGCGACAUGCAUCUGGUCAACCUGCGCGCUAUCCAGUCUAAGGAGGAAGGGGGAGCUGCGUCCGAGCAGGCGGCUUUGAUACUGCACAGAAAAGGCUUUGACUGUGGCUUCUCCAAUCGCAACACUGGCCUACUGUGUACCAGCACACGUGGCAAGAUUGAUUUGGAGAAGCUCCUGACGGAUCUAAAGGUGAAAAGCAUCACUCCUGUGUCUCUGUCUCUGAUGCACACGCUCAGUAGUGAAAGCAGGCCGCAGGAGAUCAGCCUUAAAGCCAUGGAAAUCAGGACUUACCGCCUGGAGCUGAGCUGAGUUCAUGCAAAAGAGCCACAAGGUUGUUGUCUUCAGCCAAGGACUCGGUAAAAUGAUUGUCAGCAGAAACCUUAAGCUUCACAGCAAAAGUGCAAUAUGAAAUCUCCAAGAAUUCCCAACCAGCUCUCUCAGGUUCUUUUAACGCAACGUGAUGCUUUUUAUUUGUGAUUCACUGUGCUGAGAGUUGACAUUUUGCACUGUGAAGAGAACAAGUUUGUUUGUUUUUCUGGGCUGGAAUUGUUGAACACAUUGGGGCCGGUGCUAGAAUCAUUCUCGUUUCUCUGUUACUCGGUGAAAAGAAAAAGCAACAGAGGAUUUUAUUUGUUUUUUAUCCUCAAAAUUCUC